AUGAUACGAGCCUUGGUUUCCCGGUUGGCUCUUCCUCCACUGGCUGUGCGCAGCAAGUCCACUGCUAACUUGGAUUACACGCGCUUCCCAACGCUGCAAGAGUCGGAAAUCGAAGAGACCUUCAUGCGCGGCAGUGGACCCGGGGGUCAGGCGGUGAACAAGACAUCCAACUGCGUAUUCCUGCGACACCUGCCCACCAACAUCACCAUCAAGUGUCACACACAUCGACUGGCAUCCAAAAAUCGCGUAGAGGCACGAAGACUGCUCCUAGACAAACUCGAUGCCCAUUUUAAUGGAGAAAACUCGAUUGCGGCACAGAUCAAAGUACUGGAGCAAAGAAAGUCCACGGAGCGGCGACGACGGCAGAGCAAAAUGCAGGAGAUGAAGAAGAGCUGGCAAGAGAGGGAGCGAACAGAUGGAGCAGAAGGACCCAACGACAAAUAAAAAUCCAAACUAAAUUUGUAUGCUAAAA